CACCCAGCAUCAACAUUUCAAGCUGUGUUUUCUGCUGUCAUUGAGUGAGCAGCUGAGUUUAAGGAUUAACCCCAACUCCAGCGAUUCUCAGCCUCUGCAAAGGCAGCACCACCUGGGAUGGGACUGGUCUGUGAGGGGCCUUUGAGGCCACGCAGCCCCAUCCCCCCUGCACAGGGAUAACUGACCCAGUCCCCACUGCUCCACACUUCCCUUGGGUUUGUCUCUCUCCCUUUGUCCCAAGAGUUUUCCCAAGUGGUCUAUUCCUCACAAGGGGUACCACGCUGAUUUUCCAUGGGCCAAUUUCCAUUACACUGUUAGAACCAGGGAGGAAGAGGACAGGGUUACCUCAGCACAGGGACAUGGCUGUGCAUCCCUGGGGACCAUGUGCUGAUGGUUUGGGGGGAUAACUUUCAACUUUGGUGCCCAAAACAUCUUUCAGGGACAUCAGGGUGUGCCAGGAAGGGAGAAGGAGGGUGGGGGAUUAGGCUGACACACAGUACCGCUGUUUCGGGUUAUAUUCCCUUCUUAACCAGGAUAAAUAUUAACAAAGGAGGACAAGAGCUUUUGCAAAGGAUUAAAAGGCAAAAGCAGAGUAUUUCACAUGGCAUUAAACCAGAGCAUUUAUUUUUUCCCUUCAUAUUCUUGGAAUUUAGUUAGCACAGCAAGAGGCAACAUCGCUCUGAUGGAGAAACAGAAAAAUCCCAAAUAUCUACCACGAAACUGCUUCAUGGCAGAGAAGGUUCUUCUUCUGUCAUUUGUUAAAAGAACAAAAAGCCCAACCCCAUACAACAUUCAGUUUCUGGUUUUAGCAUAUCUAUUUUCAGUUCAUACCUUGUAAAUUCUAUUUCCUGCCAAAGCAGGCCAGCAGCAUUUCAGGUGAGCCAGAGAGCAAAGCUGGCAAUGGGAGAAGCCCAGGCCACCCCUGGGCCAGCUCUCCCCUGCCCACAGGGCCCCUUUGGAGGGACCCAGCCACCCUCACCCUGCCUUCACUCUCACAGGAAACUGAAUUUCUAUUUGAUGUUUCCCCUGUGCAUGUUCUGCUUUUAUUUUAGGUUGUGGAGGAGAAGAAGGAAAAACACAAAAGAGGUGCCAGGCACAGCCCAGCCCAGCUCCCCCAGGAGGCUGCUGAACGCCUGUGCUGGCAGAAGAGGCUGAAAUGCCACCCAAAAGGUGACAGAGACACUGCUCCAGUGAGGAUUUGCCCGCUUGGACACAGCGAUGCUUCUCCCGGUGUGGAUCCCUCCUGCCCAUCCUGCAGGUGACCCCAGCGAGCCCUGAGCAGGAGCAUGAGCAGGGCUGGAGGGCAGGACUGGAAUUAACCCCUCCCGUGCCAAAACUCCCCGUGAUGAGCCGGUGACCGGAGCCUCCCCCACGGAUCCCAGGGCUGGACUGUUCCCUUCGGAUCCUGAGGCCCCCCUGGCUGCAGGACAGGCGGGAUGGACGUGUUAUGAUGCUGAGCACGGAGCUGGAGCACAACCAUGAGCAACAGCUCCAACUGCAGCGAGACAGACCUCAAGCCCUACUACGCCAUCACCUACACGGUGAUCCUGAUCCCCGGGCUCAUCGGGAACACCCUGGCCUUGUGGGUCUUCUAUGGCUACAUGAAAGAGACUAAAAGGGCCGUGAUAUUUAUGAUCAAUUUAGCCAUUGCUGACUUAUCACAGGUGCUGUCCUUGCCCCUGAGGAUUUUUUACUACCUGACGGGCACGUGGGAGUUCGGAGGAGGUCUCUGCAUGUUCUGCUUCUACCUGAAGUACGUCAAUAUGUACGCCAGCAUCUACUUCUUGGUGUGCAUCAGCGUGAGGAGGUACCUGUUCCUCAUGCACCCCUUCAAAUUCAGUGACUGCAGACGUGUCUGUGAUGUCUACAUCAGCAUCGUGGGCUGGGUUGUGGUCUGCGUGGGCUGCCUGCCCUUCCCGCUCCUCAGGAUGCAGCACCAGGAGGAUAAAACCUCCUGUUUUGUGGAUCUUCCCAUCAAGAAACUCGACCUCCCCACCUCCAUCAUGCUGAUGACCAUAGGGGAGUUGGUGGGGUUCGUGACCCCCCUGCUCAUCAUCCUGUACUGCUCCUGGAAGACAAUCUUAUCACUAAAAGAGAGGCACUCUGCUUCCCGGGACCUGGGCGAGAAGAAGAAGGCUUUAAAGAUGAUCCUCACCUGCGCCCUGGUGUUCCUGAUUUGCUUUGCACCUUAUCACAUCAGUUUCCCUCUGGAUUUCUUUGUGAAAACGGGGCAGAUCCGGGAGGGCUGCGUGCAGAUCUCGGUGUUCCACGCCGUGGCUUUGUGCCUCGCCAGCCUCAACUCCUGCGUGGAUCCCAUCAUCUACUACUUCACCACAGACGAGUUCAGGAGACGCCUCUCCAGGCAGGAUCUGCAGGACAGCAUCCAGCUCCAGCCCCUCAGCUACUGCAGGAAGCACUCCAGGGAUGUGCUUGGGGAGGACACCAUGGAAUACUAGAGCUGCCCUUCCCCAGCAGCAGCCAGCACUUCCACUAUUCAUCAAAUUUUGGCCUUUGCCAGAAUUUUUUCCCUCAGGACACUGAGAACAAGUCAAACUUCUGCUUUCAGUGAGGGUUGGAAUAAACAAACAACCUCCCUCACAAAAAAAA